UUACUUCCGCUUGCACUUUAAAAUGUUGGUUGCUCUACUCAGCUGUUGGUGAGAAACUCAUGUGUGAUGUUGUACUGUUGUUUUCAAUGAACUGAGCUCUUUACGCCUUACUGCUAAUACAACAUUGGUUCUGUUGUGCAGUGAAGUGGCACCGGAGCCAUAGAAAGUCACUGAAAACUCACAAAGAAGGAGAGGAAAAUGUGGAUUAGGUGGCAGAUAUAUAUUUGCAAGGCCAUUUUCAAGAAGGAUACUUAAGAGAAACCACAUCUUGUGAGACGAGGUCGGGCGACACCGGAAAGUGAAAUGGUUUGCCCGCCACUUUCACGCGAAUCAACCGACUACGACCAACUACCGACUACGAUGGUACCGCUGGCUCGAAUGGGUUCUACAAAUUGGGUUGUAGUUGAAGGACGUCACACAGGAAGCCGCCUAUACUUAAAGCCGUGAGGGCAAUGCGGGCGGAAAGACGCAUCUGCUACUCUCCUAGACCUCAGACCAGCAUGUCUACCGUCUGCCUGAGUCUUCUUAUUAGCACCUUGUGUUUUUUCUGCACAACUCAAGCUGCAUCAGAGGACACCAACGGACUGGUGUGGAAACACACCGGCAAAUCCGUGUCCAUCCUGUGCAGAAGCAGACCCCCUGGUCCCGGCCUGGUCUUCAUGUCUUUGCUCAAAGGGCUCAGGAAGGAGAUCAAUGUUCUCUUCAAGAUGGGUGACAAAAACACGGUGGCUGAGAAGUACGCCGACAGACUGCAGGUGAAGGGAGACAUCACCUCCAUGGAGGUUGUCAUCUCGAACCUGACAACUGAGGACACGGGGCCGUACUGGUGCGACUACAAGAUGACCGCCAAUUUUGAAACAAAGGCGCUGAAUAGCAAUGGCUCGGUGCUCCUGGUGGUGACAGAUGAGCAGUGUGAGCCACCGGACAGGACUGUUCUCCUGGUGACCGCCGCCGUUUCAGCCGCCGUGCUGUUUGGUGUGCUCAUCGCCUUCCUCCUGUGGAUCAUUCCCAAGAUCAAGCAGUGGCACAACAAAAUGGGGCUGAGGCACGUAGCCGGCAGUGAAGUUUAUGAGGACAUGCGAGCGGCACGCCGAGCUUGAAGACCUCCGCCUGCGGGUGCACCGCAGCUACAAAGUACAAAGACUUGCAGAGGCCCUCGCAUGCUCUGCCGACUAUGAACCAAUCAGGUACAUCUGUUGUGGAAGGACUCUUCGCUUUCACUUUGCUAAUGCAGGAUGAAAUGAUUCAUUUAGUAUCAUUUCAAGUGUGCUGUGAGUUCGGGUAUGUUUGCAUGAACUCUUAAUUACUGUUUAAAGACGUCCAGUGCGAGAGCUGUCACCAAUGGUAACAACAUGUUACAACCACCCCAAUAAAAAAUGUACAGUUGAAUAAAGUCCUCUCUAAGAGUGUCUAUCUUGAAGAGGAUCACUUGUUUCCAGGCAGACAUUA